AUGACUCGGGAAGUGGAGCUAUUCUUCAAAAAUACAGGAUUCGUGAUCAACCGCGACAAAUCUGCAACUAACACGGAAGCUUGCUCAAGCAUAGCGAAGAUUAUGGAAGGACCAGACACGUACAGGUACCUAGGAGUCACGGAAAACAGGCACUCAAUCACUGAAUGCAAUGCGAUGUACGAGACAAUCGUGAACGAGAUCUGCAGGAGAGUAGAGCUACUCGCAGCUUCGAAGCUGUCAGCGAAAAACCUAUCGCUGGCCAUAAACGAGUACGCCCUGAGUGUAAUUAACUACUACGUGGGAGUAAUACCCAUGGACAUCACGUACUUUAACAGGAUAGACCUGGAAGUGCGUACAAGAAUAGCCGAUAAGGAAGCACACGCGAAGUGGGCGAACACGCAACGGCUCUACCUCUCCCGAAAGGAAAUGGGGAGGGGGCUUCACAGCAUGGUAUUUAGAGCAGAGGCCAUGUUGUUACGACUGUGGAUGACGUUCGCAUCAGACGAGGCAACGUCAGAAAGAAGAGCUGCCAUAAUGCAGCAUUACCGCGAGACUUAUGCGCACAUAUCACUCAUACUACUACACCUGGAAGGAAGAUAUGGACUGAAGUUUGAGCAAGAGGACACAAUAGAGAAGUGUCUCAGGGACCUCAGGAGGGCUCAGAACAAAUGGCUAUACGACAGAAUGGAGGUAAAAUCAACACAUAAGGUUCUGUUUGCCAAGCGUGACGACCCCAGCUUGGACAUUGAGGGAUCUUCUCUAGUUUUCACAAGUGGAAUCCUCAGUCCCUCAGAAGAAGCGCAAGCCGCGGCAGUUCAGGACAGGAACCUGACAUGGAUGUCACCGACGAAGAAGUGUCCGAGGUGCAAGAACGGCAAGAAUGUGGAUCAUCUCGCAACCAAAUGCCCGAAAAUGCUGCGUAUAGAAUAUACGAGGAGGCACGAGGCAGUCGCGAGGAUAAUCCACUCGGAACUCGGGAGGCAAAUAGGACUACCCAAGGAGAAAAUGGACGCCCACAAGAUCGAGAGCGAAGUGCACGGGAAACACGGAUGGAUCGCGUACGACAAAACGGUCAAGACUCAGAAGAUCAAGGAGUACAACCGCCCAGACAUAAUAGUGGCGGAUCGACGGAGGAACAUGAUCACCAUCGUGGAAAUAGGAAUCACCAACCAGGACAACCUAGUGGAGACGGAGAUAUUCAAGAAACGGAAGUACGAAGCUUUGAUAGAGGACCUGAAGGCGCGGCAAUUCAACCAGCACACAACGUUCAGGGCAAUCCCCUACGUUAUGACGUGGAGACGAAUAUUGACGAAAGAACACACCAAGUACAGGCGGAACCUGGGCAUAUCGGAUCGCCUAGAAGCCCAUAUACAACGGGUAGUGAUCCAAGAAACACAAAAGCUAGUGUUGAGGGACAUGAAACCCAGAGAAGAUUAUGACUCUGUGCAUGACCCUCUCGCCCAAACAGGAUGGACGGCAUCGCGGAUUAUACCUGUAGCGUUAGACAACAGGACAUGGAGCCCGCAACCUACACCAGCAGCCUAA